AUUAAAGCACUACAGGUGACCAGCACUAUUGCUUCAAUCAUGGACGAAGAAUCAAAAGAUACUGAAGAUGAAGCUCUAAUUUUUGAGUCUGAUGAUAAGGCUAUGACCCUUCAAUCCAAAAUUGUUACUUUUAGUAAUAUUCUUAAAGCUCAGAUUUAUGAUUUGAAUGAUGAGGAUAUAGGUAUUGAUCCCUUUGAAGAUUAG